AAAGAGUUUAAGUUAAAGAGCGAUCAUGGCGUACGGAGGUAGUGUUGUUCGUCCUGUCUGUUUUUUACAUAUGUUGUUUACUGUUGUUUUAGCUCUUCACAAUGUUGAUCAACGUCAACUAAAUCCAUCCAUUUAUAGUUAUGAUUUUCAAGAUUUAGAUGGUAGCUAUUUUCAAAAUCAAGAUUUAUCAAAAAGCCUCUACCAUUUGUCAAAAAGAUCUGCUGCACUUCCACCUCCUAAGAAAGCAUCAUCAGCAGAUGAGAAAAAGUAUCCUGGGAAAAGUUUAUCAGAAAACUUCGAUGUUCAUGUAAAAACUGUUGCAACAAUUUUAAAAAAUUCAACUCAGCUGAGUACAUCAACUGUUAAUUCUACGACAGUAGAUUUAUCGACAGUACAAACUAACUCUGCUAAUGACAAAUAUAAUUUAACUGUGACUGAAAGUCCUGCCAAUGCUUCAAGUGUGUCAGUGCUGAAUGUAACAUCAUCUACUACAUCUAGUACCACGUCUACGCCAUCUAGUUCUGCAUUUCCGGAUGUUUUGCCAACAAAGCCUUCAAGUAUUACAAACACAACUAUUGAUCAUCAUGUUUAUUAUAAUUCAACAUUGUUCUCAGAUGAGGGACAGGCGAUGGCCUUUUGGGUUAAUUUUGAUGAACUUCCUCAAGACAAGUACGUUGUACACCAAAUGCUGUCCGAUUCUCACAGGAGAGCAGCUAUAUUUUUUCCCUCCUUGCAGACUGUUACCUUGUCUUUUGAUUUUCCAUUUUAUGGCCACCCUUUAUGGAACAUCACGAUAGCAACUGGAGGGUUUGUGUACAUGGGGGAUUAUAUGCAUAGUUGGCUUGCUGCUACACAAUAUAUUGCCCCUCUAAUGGCAAAUUUUGACACAAGUCUCAGCAAUGACUCCAUGGUCAGAUAUUUUGACAAUGGAACAGCAUUUGUUAUCGAGUGGCAUCAAGUUACUUUGCAAGAUGAAAAGAAAGGUGGAAACUUUACAUUUCAAGCCACUUUAUUGAAGAAUGGAAAUAUUAUCUUUGUAUAUGAUUCAAUCCCUAUAUCUGUCACUGAAAUCGAAGAUGAAGCUCAUCCUGUAAAAGUUGGCUUAUCUGAUGCAUAUGUUAUUGAUCGUAUUAUAUACUUCAUUAGGCGAAAAACAAUAUAUGAAUAUCACAGAAUAGACAUGAAAAAAGAAGAAAUCGGCAACCGUACAGCUAUAUACUUCACAGCUCUAACUACUUGCCUUAGUUACCAUGAUUGCCAUUCAUGCAUGAAUGCUGAUGUAGGCUUAAAUUGUGUAUGGUGCGAAUCAGCUAAAAGGUGUUCCGAUGGACUGGAUCGGCUAAGACAAGACUGGCUUCAAUCAAAAUGUGAUGUUGAGAAAAGUGCAGUUAAUUGCAGUGCCAUACCACCAGAUUCAAAACCUUUUGUUCAGCAGUUAACUGUUCCUCCGUUCAAUCCAUUUACAUUUUUAAUUGACCCUGACAAGUUUGAUAAUUUAGAAACAACUCCAGUUUCUCAUCUGUCUGUUAAGCCAGGCAGUACUGGUGGUGAAGGAGCUUCUUCUAGUGCUAGAGUUUUUCAAGAAACAUCUUCUAUGGGAGUUGGUAGUGUUGUUGCUAUUUUGAUGAUUUUGGCUAUACUUAUGGGUGGAAUGUUGUGGGUUGGUUAUGCUUAUCGAAACCCACACACCUCAUCAGGGCAACUCUUAAUCAGAUACCGUCCCAGCCAGUGGCGUUUUAGAAGUGGUGAAGCUAGAUAUACUGCAGCAUCUGUUCAUAUGUAGAAAAGAAAAAAAUAAAUCUACAUUUUAAACUAUUGAAGAAAGAACUCAAAAACAUAACAAAAGUUUUUACAUUCCUUCUGCUUCAUGACAUAAGUGCACCUUAAUUGCCAUAUCAUAUCAGCACAGAAAAUCUAAAGGAAUGACAAUGUAUUUUAGUCAUACACAAUUUGAGGAAAGAAGCUGUAUGUAAUGCACGCAUGUUUUUAAAAAAAAAAUAUGGAUUGUUUUAAAAGACAUUUUUUUAAAAAUUUGAUACAAAAAUCUGUUUUCUUUCUGUAGCAUUAAGUCAUUUUGCUAAAUUGUUAAUUUUUGUUCAGAGUCCUGUAUAGUUUCCAUUUAAGCAAUUGUUUUUAAUUUAGAUUUUAAUAAUGAUCAAAUAUAUUGAUUUUAAUUUUAAAAAUCAUUAUUUAUAAUGUGUGUAGUAGUUACACAUAUAAUCUGAUUUAAAAUUUUGAGAUAGUAAUUGCAGCAGCUAUGCGAUGAUAAUGAUGUGCAGUUAAGAUUAUGUGCCUUUACUGCAGCUGUGUAAAAGUUUAUUUUUAAAAUGUGAUAUAUACACAAACAAACUUGUAUAUUCAUACACAUGCAUGUGUAGUUUCUCUAUACAAACAAUGUAUAAAUAAACCUGUAGUAUUCUGAAGACAUUUGUUAUUGAAAUUCAGAUGAUUCAUUAUGUCUUUAAUUCUAAUUACUUAUCGAACAUAAAUUGCAGUAUGUGUUUUUUUUUUUUUUUUUUUUUUAUCUUAAAUAGAAAUUUUGGAAUGAAAUUCUUUAAAUCAUAGGUUUCCUUUGUUUAGGCUUGAUAUUGACUUUUUCAUAAAAGUACAAAACCACCACAAACAUUAAUAAGGAAACUGGAUUUUUCUUCUUAUACAGAAAAUUAGUUCUGUCAACUCCUAUUAUCACAAUGAUGGAAAAGGAUCCAAUAGCAGAUGGCGGUUGUAAUGAAAUGUUACAUAAAAUUUUUAAGAUUAUUUAAGAUUUUAAAGUCAUCACUAAGUUUUCAGCGAAUUAAAAUCUUAUGACUUAAUUUAUCUGUGUACUGACAUGUGUGAUGACAUACAUCUUAACUAUAUUGCAGGUAAUUUCUUGAACAGAAUUGAUCGAGCAGGGUUCUCAACUUGUUUUUGCUCUAUGCAGCCCCUCUUUAACCAUUGUUAGAUGAUCAUUUCCCCCUUCCCUUCAUUUCAAAAUUUAAUAUAUAUAUAUUUUUUAAAUUUGGGUAAUUUUAAUGUGUUUUAUAUAAUGAGAAGUGUAGAAAAUGUUAAUAAGUACACAAACUUGAAUAAAAGUAGAGGUAUAUAUAUAAUGAAAUUAACAAUAUAUUGUAAAAUAAUUACAAUAUAAUAUAAAGUAAUUAAUUCAUUUAAUACAAAAUGAAUAAUAUUGAAGUGCUAUGUACAAAAUUGUAAGCUGAAUUUUGAAAUGAUCAAAACAGAAUAUGAAAAGAUGAAAAGUUCAUAAGCUCUUGAUAAUUAUCCUUUACAUAAAAGGGUUCAGCUUCACUUUUUAAAAAUUUCUAUAUGACUAAGUUAUUCAAUCAGUAAGUCAUAUUUGUGAACAAAUAACACUCAUAAAACAAAACUUCUAAUUAUAAUCAAAUUAUAAUCAAUUUUUUUAACAUAAAAGUUGAAAAAAGUUUGAGGCAAAAAAAUAUAGAAAUAAAAAUUACUAUAGACAUACAACAAUUUAGUUGAGCACAGCCAAAUGAGUUUUUCACAUAUCUUUUAAGAAUUUCCAGUCAUCUCAGGAUUAAUAUUUCUUUAAAUGCAUGUGUAACUUUUAAACCUUCUUCUUGCUUAUCCCAAGUUACGCUUAAUUUUGUUCUGUUUUUUUGAUUAAAUCUGCAAGAAAGUAAUUUACUGGUAGAAUCUUUGCAUACUUUCUUUUCUUUUAGACAUCUGUGGAAAUAUAUCGUUCAGGCAUAAGUUUCUUAAUCUUUCUUAACAUAGAAAAAGCUCACUGUCCUUUUUAUUUAAUAUCAAACAUGAACAUGAAAUGGCAGCCUUUUGAUAAUGCAUAGCAGUCUCUUUGAAAGGGGGCUAUGUAAGAUAAAAAAUAUGUAAAUCAAAAUUAUAAUUUAAAUUAACAGUAACUCCUUAAUUCUUCUCUAUUCUAAAAAUCGUAAGAACUUAUCUGGAUUGCAUCAUUACUGGAUCAGUCCAUUUUGCAGUCCUGCACAGCGCUGAUGACGUAGGUAAUUCGGAACUUAAAUUUAAAAUUUUUGAGAAAUAAAACCUUUCUGACCUAAACCAAAGCCAAAAACCUUCCUCUUGGUGAUUUUUCAUAUUGGAUAAAUGCAUACUUUGCUUCAACUUCUGUGCUGCUUGGAAGCAAUUUAUCUGUGCUCUCUUCCUACCACAACAGUAUCAAAAAUGUAAAUUUUCUGGAAAUAGGCACGAUUAGAGUGCCAAGUGAAUUGUGGCUACAAAUGUCAAUUUAAAUAAAAAUGGAAAUUAAUCCAUCUCAGCUGCCAAGUUGCAUUACAGAUUUAACAUUUUAUGCAAUCAGAAAUCUUCUCUUCAGUAUGGAUCUACGUGCUGCGCAAUCGGCAUUUUUGUGUUUCUACAUCUCAGUGCUCCUAUGUAAGUACUUCUCUAAAUGUGUUUUCAUUACAUAUAUUCAUAAAAUAAAACCUAAUACUUAACAGGUAUUGCAUUCCCCCCCCCAAAAAAACUGAAAUUUCUCCUUAGGAGGGAAUUUUCCCCUGUUUGAGAACCCUUGAAUUUGCUAUCUUUCUGCUUAUUUAUGAGAUGUUGCAGCUUUCUCUUUUGCUGCACUUUUGUAGCCUCCUUUAUCCAUACCUUUAGUAGGGUUAUAAAUAAGUACUUUGAAGAAUGUGAACAUUUUGGCAUUAUCAGUUUUAAAAGUAGUUAGUUUAUUUACGUACUCCUCCAAAAAUUUUGUUAUGUAGUUAAUCUGACAAAGCAUAGGUCUCAACUGUUAAAAAUCUGGUGUUAUUAAAAACUAUGAAAGAUAUCAAUGCAACAGCAAGAAUAGUUGAUGUAGAUUUUUAUUGCCUUUCUAGGCAAUAUAAAUUAUGCAUGUAAUCUUGCAUUAAUAUCAUUAGUUUCCAUGAAAUUUAGUUUAAAGAUGAAUCAUUGUAUUGGGAUGAGAUAUUGCUUUGAGGGUUGUGUUAGUGCGAGUUGACUGUGUAUUUUGCAAAGAUGUGGACAUAUUUGUCUGAUCAUAUAUUUUAUUAAUAUCGUCUUCAGUUUCUAGCAAACUUUUCAAAAUAUGCCAUUAGAAACUAAGAGUAAUUAAACUAAUUUAAUAUUUUUUUUUGACAAAGAAACUUGUAGCCUUUUAUUUCUUUCCAAGAGUUGGUUUUAAUGUGAAACAAUACAGGAAUUAGACUACGUAAAAUUUCAUUUAAUCUUCAGAAUACUCAAUAUCCAUAGUGACAAAUGACUUCCAACAUUUAUAUAAAAAAAUUUUAUAUUGCUAAAAAAUUUUGCAAUAUAGAUAUGCUAAAAAAAAAUAAGAGUCUCCUUCAUUUUAAAUUCAGUUAUUGCAUAGUAACAUUGUUUGAAUUAAAAAAAGUUUUUUUUUUUUUUUUUGAACUAUCUUUAAAAAGAAUCAUGUUUAUGUAGUAUUUUAUGAAUAAUCAUAACCUGCUGGCACUUUUGUCUUUAUUUUUAAAAAUAUCAUAAAUUUAAUCUAUUAUACAGCUGUAAUGGUCUAAAUCUUUUUAAUUGUUUUUAAUAAUAUAUUUUUAUAAAGUACAAAUGUCUAAUACUUAGACAUUCUGUAAAAACGAGAUUCUUUCAAAAUAAUUCAAUUUCAAGUACUCGCUCUGUAAAAAGUAUGUUAAAAGGGGCAUUAUGAGAAGAUACUUAGUUCUUUUUUGCAUAUGUUGUAAUUAUUUUUUGUAUACAUGCAAAGAUAAAGCCAGUGUAAAACACAAGUCUGUGCAAAGAGAAAAUUAGGUAUCUUUGCAUUUUGCCCUCAUGUCAUUUUUAAAUGCAGGUAUGCAUUUAAUAAAAAAUUAAUUUGAUAGCAGAACAUAUCAAAUCAUGUGGAAUUUGUGUCAGAUAAUGUUGCAGUAUGAAUUGUGCAUUGUGCAUAAGUAAAUAUUGUGUGAUACCUGAACUUUCUGAUUUUAUAUUUAUGUAUAACAUGUGUUCUUUUUUUUUUCCUCAUUGCAUGCACAUGCAUUAACCGGUGAAAAAAAUUUGAUUUUGUUGUAUUUUCAUUAUUUUACAUAUGCAUCUGUUACUCUUGUGCUGACUAUAUGCAUUAAGAGAAGCAUCUUUCUAAUUAAAAAGAAUCUCAUACUUGUUUUGUAGUACUGCGUUUUCAUUCACAAAUAUUUAGAGAAAUUGUGCUGUGAAACAUUUAUAGAAGUUUCAUAUGCAAAAAUUUAUCAGAAUGUCUUAAAAAUGCAUUGUUGUUUUUAUUUGUGUUGUUUCGUACCGAGAGCCACAGUGUAGUGUUUAUUGUCUUUUAUUUAAAAAAAAUUUGGCUUUUAUACAUUUUACAUUUAAAAUUUCCCACCUUUUUAUUUUGCUUUUGAUUUUCAGUUUAUAAUGUUCAUAGGUAGUUAUUUUAAUUCAGAAAAUAAGUUGAAAAUUCAUAAAAAGACAUUUAACCCUCCCCCCCUUUUUUUAGCAUUUUUCAAUUGGUGUAGUAAAUCUGAAAACACUUCUGUUGUUUUAGUGUUUAGUUUUAGAAAUUAUCCUUUUAUCAUACUUGUCGACAAAUUUUAUGAUUUUCAUCAAUCGCAUAAAAGGCUCCCUGUACCUUAUAUGAAAAUACUCUUGUUUAGGAUAUGAUAUUUCUGUAGCUGUUUGAUAGGAAAUUAUUUCUUUAAAGGCACUUAAAUUUAUAUUAUAUAAAUGAAGUUAAAUGGCCUGGGUUAUUAUAAUUUUCAGCAUAUAUUGGAUGUGCAAAAAAAAAAUUUUUUUUUUUUUAAAGGGAUCUUCAAAAAGGGUAACUUGUAUUAUAUUGAGAAAUUGCCACAUUUAAGUGUAAGGGUUUUAAGAAACUUAGCAGUCCCUUUUGAGUUUGCUAAAUAUGUUUAGAUAUUAAAGUAUGAAUCAUUUGAUUAUGAUCCUAUGCAUUUAAUUAAGUUAUUUUUGUUUUUUCAUCAAAAGGUGAAAUAAUUUGUAUCUUUUUGAAGUGAUGAAUCGUAUAAAAUUCAAUUUAAAACAAAUUUUGUAUUAUAAAGCCUUAAUCCUAUUAUGUCAGCUUUCUGUAUCCCCUCCCUUAUUCUGCCAUUGAUUUUUCUGACUAACAUAUAAAUAUGUCUUUUCUCUUUUUUAAAUUUUUUUAUUUAUUUUUAUGCAUGUUGAAUAAAGAGCGGAGUAUAAUAAUAAUAAUAUGGAUCUCUAAGAUAUAUGAAACAUAUAUGAAAACCAAAAUUGUUGUCUGUAAUAAAAACUGCAUUAAAGAUGUAAUAUGUUGCUAUUAAAGAAUACACUUUUCACACACAGUAUUAAAGUAUUGCACUUUUUCAAAUAUUUAUGCAUUUAGGGGAGUUGCCAAAAAAUCAUAAUGGCAUAUCAUGAAGUUAAUAUCAUGUAAUACUUAAAAUAUAUGACAGUUAUUAAAUAAAAAAACAAAAGAUUAAAGCUUAAUACUUUGUAUGAAAAUUUAAGGGGUAGUAUUUUAUGCAGUGCAGUAUGCUAGGUUUGCAUAUUGUGUUUUGACACCUUUAAGUGGAAAUACUGUGUGCUGUUCUUUUCUGUGUUCUGAAUAACAAACCAAGUCUAUAAGGCUGAUUAAUGGUAUUGUUAUUUUAGGAAAGUACUCAUGGAAAAAAAAUCUGUAAAAUGAUUUUUCUUGAUAAGUAAUAGAAAUAUUAAUAAUUCAGUGCAUAUUAAACUUUAUCAGAUAUGAUUAAUUGAAAGAGAACUUGGAAUAUUUAUUCUAUGUCUAGUGUGACACUCAGAGAAACAAUGCAGAAUUCAAGUCGUAUUGUGAGAAAUAAAAAUGAGCCUUCAUAUCAGCUUUGCUAUAGCUGAGUCUUCCAUUUCAGAGAUAAUUAAUUACCUUGCACUCAUCAUCACUUGAAUUAGCAGACUUCUGUAAUCUGCUUUUUGGAAUCAUAAUGACGGUAUGGUCCUGUAUUAGUUGGCCAAAAGGAAUUUAGCAGUGAUCUGACAUAUGCAUUUUGCAAAGUAGAAUGUAGAAUUAUGUAUGUAUGUAGAAUUGCAAAAAUUUUAGCUUAAGAAAAUUAAUGAUAAGAAUUUUAUUAAGUAUUCAGUAUAUGCUGAUUAUUCAGCUUUUUACAAGGAACUGAAUUUAUUUUUGUUGGAAAUUAUUUUUUUUGCCUCUUUAUUGAUUGUACAAAUCUUAUCAUCUUUGUAUUAAAAUUAAGAAAAUUAAAGCAAAUUAAUGUGUAAGGUGAUUUAAGUAUUGCUGUAAUCAUAUUAUCCUAUAAUAUGAAAGAUUCGAAAUUAGUUUUCUUUUAAUGUCAUAGUUUUUCCAUACGUACUAAGCUUUUUGUCCUGUAGGAAAUAUAAAAUUUUACUUCUAAAAUAGUUUAUUAAUUACUGUGGCUCUGUUCUAUUGACCCUUGAGCAAUGCAUGUUUCAAUUUCGUGGCUCUACUAUAUUCCAGAAUUCUUUCAAUGCAUGUACUAGAAAUGUUUUUGAAGAUUCAUUGCAGUUUCAAAAGUGUACUCAAAUUUAUUGAUACCUUAAUUUUUUAUGUGUGGUAGUAAUGCGAUCACAUAUAUAGUGUCUUAGAGUCACAUAUUUAGUGUCACAUAUAUAGUGUCUAUGUCUUGGAGAUAUUUUCUUUUUCUUGUUUAUUUUAUUGUAAGAAAAAGUAUCUAAUAUAUAUAAACAUACAAAGUCUGAGUUAAUCAAUUUUUUUUAAUUGUUAAGUCUUUAGGCCAAGUAAGAAAUUAUAUGUAGAUUAUUAAUUAUGCAAGAAUCUUAUGCUUCUAAUGCUUGCAUUAUUCAAGGGUCAGCUGUUUUUAUGAUACUAAGUCAACUGAAUUUUGCAAAUUAAAGAGCUUCUACAUUAUUUAAAAGGUUUUCUGAAUAACUCUAACAUAAAAGCCUAAUCGUUAUGUGCCGUAUGCCUUAGUUUCGUAAUUUUAAAUUUUUCUUUGAAAUCUCUUAAUUCAUGUGUUCUUUAAAAUAUCAAAUUAUUAUUUUUUUUCCCAAUCAAAUUGUUAUUGUACCUACAUAUAUUAUUGCUUUGCUUAGUCUGUUUUUAAGUUUUUGUUUUGUCUGAUUUGACAUAUAUAGAAAAUAAAUUUUUAUUAUUUUAAAGGUAUUAAUCUUUUUCUGUUUAUGCAUGCAUUUAUUUUGUUAAUUGUUAUGAAUAGAUUAUUUUUUAAGAAUUUUGCUCUAUAAAACAAACGCAUGUAAUUGUGAUCUGAAAAUUCUUCUAUUAUUUUUUUUUUCCAUAAAAUCAUAUUUAUGUUGAAUCUGAAGUCUUUGAAAUUUUUUCAGUAAAUUCCCAGUGAUUUAUUUUUUUAGAAUUUCUGUUAUAACUUGAGAUAUAUUUUAGAUAAGAUUACAGAUAUUUUUCCUCAUUUGUUAGUGUAUGAAUGCCAGCAUAUACUUUUCAUAAGUUUCCAUGUUUUGUGUGGAUACUUAGACUGGAUUAAAUAUGACAAAGUUUAUCAUAUUUUCAAUCAGUUUUAUGUUUUCAUUUUAUGCAUACAUCAUAAAUAUAUUCAGUUUCAUUUAUUUGUUUUAAGUAGUGUUGUGAUUUUGCUCAAUCUAGAUGGUAAUAAUGAUUUGCUCAGUUCUUCAUGUAUUAUAUAAAAAGCACUUUAAGACUGUAUAUGAUAAAAAUAUUUAUAAAUACAAGUAUUUUCAGAAUACCUUUGAAAGCUGUAAUCCUGAAGACUUAAUAAUGACAUUAUUGUCCAUUCCUCAAUUGCUUUGGUUGAAUAACUAUUGUGAUUUAUGCUAAUUUGUAAAUAAAACUGAAUGCUUUUGAAGAUAAA